GUAAAACGAGAUCGCACGUCCCAUUCCCUCACGCUUCAAGACUCGGACAUCCAGUGGCCCCUCCGCUGAUCGCCCGAACAACAAACAUCCUCCAAUGGUCAACUUCGUCGAUGUUGGUUCUCGAGAUUAAAUCAUCAUGGCCCGGAUGUCUCGAGAGACCCAAGCGUUCAACGCAACACUAGAAUCCAAGAAGGACGUGGAUGGUAUUCCGGGAAUGACAAAGUCGGCAAGUGAAGAUGGUACCCAAGCAGGCUGGGAACGAUCGGUCGACCGAGUAUAAAUUGGUCCUCUUAACCCAGCCUUGAAAAAAACCGUUCCACCAGAUCCUAGCCAUCACAUCACUCAGCCCCAACCCUCUCUCUCGAUACCCCGGCCGAUCAGCUCACUAUGCACUUGUCUCUUGCCUACGGGGCGCUCGCCCUGCUCCCGCAGCUUUCACAUGCCCACUUCCUCUUCCCGCAUCUGAUGCUCAAUGGCGUCAAGACGGAGGCCUAUGAAUACGUCCGCGAGCAUGACAACGGCUUCCAGCCCUCUUUCACGCCGGAGAUCCUCAGCAGUGAUGAUUUCCGCUGCAACAAGGGCUCGUGGAACCACCGCUCCCAGCCCAAGACGGCCAAGGUGACUGCCGGAAAAGACUCGGUUGGAUUCCACCUCCAUCUCGACUUUGGCAUCUACCACCCAGGCCCGGUCACGAUCUACCUGUCCAAGGCGCCCGGGGACGUGCGUGACUACGACGGCUCCGGCGACUGGUUCAAGGUGUACCAACUGGGCACCAUGAUGCCGUGGAACGGCACCGACCAGGGCUGGUUGACGCGGGACCUGAAGCAGUUCGAGUUCAAGCUCCCCAGCGAGAUCCCCGCCGGCCAGUACCUGAUGCGCAUCGAGCAAAUGAGCAUCCACCAGCCCUACCGCCAGAAGGAGAUGUACUUCCAGUGCGCCCACCUCGACAUUGCCAGCGACUACAACGGCAAGACGCCGGGACCCACCAUCAAGUUCCCUGGUGGUUACCAGCCCAACGAUCCUGCGAUUCAGCUCGACAGCUGGGCUCAGCCGCCCCCCGACUUUGCUCCCAUGCCUGGCCCGGAGCAAUGGCCUAACUAAGGGGUGUGGCUUGAUGGUCGUGCUGCUAGUGUGUCAAGGGAACAUGGGGUGGAUAUGUGGAGAUAAAUGAGAUGACAGUAGGGAUAACAUGGCCAACAUGACAGGUACCUUUACGUGGAUAGCUACUCUACGUAUCCAAUCAUUAGUGUUCGAUGGUUCGUUUUAC